AUGCUGGCCUCGCUCCUGCGCCCCAAGAAACGACGAGUAUACGCGGACCGUUCUCCAUUUUCGUCUCCCUACACCACUCGGGAGACAUCAUGGCCUUUUUGCCAGGAUGAGAAUAGGCAUCCUGGGCCUGGCGCAGGAUACGAUGAGGUUCGUGAUGCGCGAUUUGCGGACGAAGCAUUUGAGGAUGCGGAUGACGCGGGUGAGGAUGCGGACGAGGACGAGGAACAUCGUCCUAUUGAAUCAACUCCUCUACUUCCUAUCUUUUCUGCCUCCCAUUUAGAUGCGCUGCCCGUUUAUGACAUUACCCACGCGAUUCGCCCGCUGAUCGUGUCGCGCUGCGAAACCACGCUGACUUGGGAUCAAUUGCGCUCGCCUCAAAUCUCCCAGUUCCUGGUGAAGCCGAUCCAGCAGAAGAUUAGAGCAUUACACUUUUCGCGAGCCACGCUAUACGCGCUGAUGGCCAACUGCUUGCAGUUCACAAAGGAAAUCCAUCUCAACCCCGGAAACAGCGGCACAUCUCAAACAAGAGCCAUGGUGAGCGAGCUUCUUGCGAUUAAAUUGUUGCGGGAAUACACGACAAGGGAAUUGAUAGACGCACUUUCCUAUGAAUUCCAUCCUUUGCAAGGCCAGAUGACCCCCAUGGGCCGUGACCGUGAGGGCAAUUUGAACAAGCAUUCAGCAUAUGGCAACAAGCGAUUGGCCGGUGCAGCUCGCAUCUCCUGUCUGGAGGUUGCCAUUCGGACCCAGGCGAAACGCUUCUUAGCUCAUCCGGUCGUGGUACAGCAACUUGAGGCAAUCUGGGCCGGUACAAUUGUUUUCCAUUCAGCCGCGGAUAGUCUCCAUCGUUCGCCAGUCGCCGCGCGUCGCGAUGCAAGGCUAACAUAUGGUUCUGCCAGUCAUGCAUUCCCUGAAGCGGUGCCGCUUAACGGAUCUCCUCCUCGACGAUCAGUGACUCUCUAUGACCCAAGGGACGCCUCCCUUUUUAAACUGUCCAGGCUACGAGUGCCUCGAUAUCGUCAAUUUCUCUCGACAUUGUCGUUCGCGGUCCUCUUGGGACUGUUCCUUGCAGUUCUGCAGCAGCGGCGGGUAGAGAUUUCCACUCUGGAAGUCAUAUUCUGGUUCUGGAGCGCAGGUUUCAUGCUGGAUGAAAUCGUGGGUUUCAACGAGCAAGGUUUCAGCCUCUACCUUAUGAGCUUCUGGAACUUGUUUGAUCUCGGAAUUCUCUUCCUGCUGUUUUGCUAUUAUUGCAUGCGGUUAUACGGUGCGCUGAUGCCCGCUCCGUAUAAUCGUGCGACUGCAGAUCGCGCAUAUGACAUCCUGGCCGCAAACGCAGUACUGCUCUUCCCGCGACUCUUCUCGGUCCUGGAUCAUUAUCGCUAUUUCUCGCAGCUGCUCAUCGCCUUCCGCAUCAUGGCUUCGGAUCUUGUGGCAGUGUUUCUCUUGAUUGCUAUCACGUGUAGUGGAUUUUUCGUCGCCUUCACUCUGUCAUUUGGCAAUGUUGAAGAGCAUUCGCCUGCAUCCGUCGCAUAUGCCUUGUUUCAAAUGCUGAUGGGGUUCACCCCAGCUGCCUGGAGCCUCUGGGAUGAUUAUAACUUACUUGGGAAGACGAUUCUGACUAUCUUCCUCUUCAUUUGCCACUUUGUCGUGAUGACCAUUCUGAUUACGGUGCUCACCAAUUCUUUCAUGGCGAUUGUGCAGAACGCCAAUCAGGAGCACCAGUUUCUGUUUGCAGUCAACACUAUCUCGAUGGUCAAGUCGGACGCGCUGUUCUCCUAUGUGGCUCCGACCAACAUCCUCGCGUGGGUAAUCACACCGCUUCGGUAUCUCAUGCCUUUUAGGCAAUUUAUUCGAAUCAAUCGCACCAUCAUCAAGAUUACACAUUUACCGGUUUUAUUCACCAUUUGUCUCUAUGAGAAGACCAUCCUCAGUCGCAGAGUGAUUGAGCCUAUCGAUCUCGUCGACCCUGCGCUUCACCCCGAUGUCUCAUCCCGCAGUCGUCCCCGUCACAACCGGUUCAAGGCAUUCAGUUCUCGAGUUCCCCGGCUUGUACGAGAACCGUCCGUGGCAACAUAUCAGAAAGACCGUGCUCUCGAAGAAGUCUUCCGGCAUUCCUUGGAGCAGAGUCGGCGUCCUCCACGCAAGGCUCGAGGACAAAGCAACAACAUUGUCAGCAACUGGAUGCAGGCCAUGGGCUCUGGUCCAGUUCAUCCUCCUGAUGAGCAGGAUUCUGACGAAGUUGAUCGACUAGAGAGACCGCCAACGUUUCGGCCCCCCUUUCACGAAAGGUCUACCCGGAGUCUUCGCAAUAUCACGAAGUCCAACCGUUCCGCUACGUCCGAUCCUCAAGGACAAGUCGGGCACAUUGUAUCGUCGCCUGCUACCCUCCGUCGCGAAAGAUUCAAUAUGUCUCCUACAAGAAUCAGACAGCUUUCUCGGCACACGGACAUUGAGGGGGAUGAUGAGCUCACGAGCGAAGAUACAGAAUUUCGCCGGUCCGAUUCCUCAACUUCUGACAGGCCGGAGGGAAUAAGCCCGGGCAAAGCAACACCGAAGUUCUACAGCUCUCGUCCCUCAACCGCAAGGAUGAAAUCUCGCAUGAACAGUCCCUCGCGACGCCCUAGGUUUCAUAAACGAAACUAUUCAGCUGCCACCAUGCUCUACAAUCCCGUGGAGUCUGUGAGCAAUGACGGUGGGACCGAAAUCUCUUCUAUUCCUGUGCGGCCCCGGGCGGAGACGCCUGCUCCAGACGACGAUGCAGCCAUGGCAACAUCGGUCGACCAAUGGACGCAGAGAAGGCAUAGUCUGGAUGUCAGCAACUCUCGGAACGUGACCUUGGCCAAAUCCAAUCCAAUGUCCGUACCUGACAUGGGCGGGUUCUUAGCGACCGACUCGCAGUACCGGGGUCGUCGUCACGUAUCCCACAUGUUCGGGUUGGGGUCUGAUCUGGGUGACAAUAAAGCCAUUGCGAAUGGUUUCCUAGAUGUUUUACCGUCCAGCUUCACGACACAAAUGGUCUACGCCGCGGGUGGUCUUCCUCGACCCGGAAGCUCCAAUAGCAAUCAGGAUCUACUCAGCAAGCUCGUCUUAGCGCGCAUGAAUAACAUCGAGGAAGGGUUCCGGGAAAUGUUGAAGGAAGUGAAGGAUCUCCGGCGCGGCGAGUCAAGCCGGAGUCAGAGUCGACCCGAUGAGUCCCGAAGUAAUCAACGGGAGAAGAAGAAGCGUUCGGAGACUCGCGAUUUGAAGAGAACGCAAGAAUCUCGAAAAAGCAGUGAUAGCAGCAAGGAAAUGGUGUCGGAUGGCUCUUCGGCAAAAUCGCGGCAGUAA